AACUCAUGGGGCAAUAGGGGAUCAUGGGGCCCCUGUGUCCUUGCCCAAAGGUACCAGGGGCAUCUCCAGGGGUGGACUGACAACUCAUGGGGCCCCCGGGCAAUAGGGGAUCAUGGGGCCCCUGUGUCCUUGCCCAAACUCAAAAAAGCCUAUGAAAAAGGUACCAGGGACAUCUCAUGGGGCCCCCUACUGACCCCGGACCCUCGGGCAGUGCCUGAGUUUCCAAAUGGUCAGUCCGCCCCUGGUAUGAACUGAGGCUUAU